AUUCUUGGCGGGACGAGUCAUUUCUGUGCCGUGGGCAUUAAUCUGGGGUUUGGCUGCAGUGGUCAGAGCCUUAGACUAGAAGCUGCUUUUGGGUCUCCCGUUCUGCCGUUGAAGCCGGCUGGGCAGCCUUAUUAUGCCAAUGGCAUAUUUUAUAUCCAACCUACCAAACAGGGUUGUUGAGAAGGUAAAAUGGAGAAGAGAAGAAUGUAGUAUAAAUGAAAUUAAUAAUUGCUAGCACGGCGCAGAAGAGGAGAGAGACAUGUAUGGGGGUAUCUCGGUGUUAUGUGUUAUGGGAUUUUUAACAUCGUGGCAUUAUUACCAGGAGUUUGAAGCUACAAACCCAGAUGGGCUGUGUCCUGGCUGGAGUGUGAGAGUCAGAGGCGAAACAGGCUCCAGGACAAACGCGUUUCAGAUUAAUUUUCUGUGUGGCAGAGGAGAACAGAUAGCAUUCCACUUUAACCCUCGCUUCAAAGACUCUGUUAUCGUCUGCAACUCUUUCCUUGACAACCGAUGGGGGCAGGAAGUGUUGAUUGAUACCUUUCCACUAGUAGCCAAGGAGCCUUUCCAGAUUGAAAUCUACUCUGACCACGACUACUUCCACAUUUUCGUGGACGAAAGGAAAGUGCUUCAAUAUGAGCAUCGUCAGAAGCAGCUGUCCGCCAUUUCCAAAGUGCAGAUUUUGGACGAUGUCCAAAUAUCCUCAGUGGAGGUCACCAGACGAGGUCUCUACUAGUCAACAAAGAACAGCCAAAGAGUGGAGCCUUCCUCAUUGAACAAACUCAACCUGUUCCAUUGUCAAAUUCCCUUUUAACUGACAAGUCUUGAUAUCACCCAAGGAGAAGUGUGGCCGGGGCAGAAUUUGAACUCAAGAAGAAAGUAGGUCUUCACAGAUGUCCAUGAUCAACCUACUGUAAUCCAGAUUAAUACUGCACACCAGAAGCACUAAACUAAACAUAUGUAAAUGUGUAAAUGUACUAGCAGUGUGAGUAUAACGCUUUGAUUAAACAGAAACAAAUAAACCCAAAUUUAAUUUUC